AUGGGGACGGCAAGGAUGGGGGAAGCGGUGUUUGGGGCGCCGGGUGGGAACUGGCCGUUUGCACAGGGCCGAAGUGCACCUCGUCGGUUUUGUAGUUUGAGAAAUGUACAGGUGAAUGUGCGGAUGACGUUUGGCUCCUGCAGAGACGACGGCUGGACUCUUGUUGGUGUCCCAGCAGCUGAUUCUGAUUGGGGAAUGCAUCAUCUCACAUUUCCUCAUUUGCUCAAGCCGCCAUGGGAAGUGGGUAACGCGAAGUCUCUCCAGGGCACUGGAGGCCCCAAGUCCCUGCAGGGCAUGGAUUUGUCUCACAGCUCGCGCCCCCUCUAG